UAAAUAAUAAUAAUAAUAUUAUAAAAAAUAGUGAAUAUGGAACAAAUGAAGUAACUUAAUUUAAGUGCCAACAACGAAGAGGAAGUCAUAGGGUAAUGACUAAUUUACCCUUGAAUUAACCUUGUUAAAUCAUUUCAUAUCAACAAAUUAAAGAAAAGUCAAAUAUCACGUCUCUUCUCUCCUUUCUAUAAAUUCGGAUCCCAAACAACACCAAUUCUUAAAUUCUUCUUGGCUUACUCUCUCUCUCUCUAGACCAAGCCAUAGCCAUGGCUGCUGCCAUGAGCUGCUCCCCCGACCAGCUCGCCUCCUUCUUCGGCCCCAACACCACCAACGCCGCCGCCGCCGCCGACUACAUCUGCACCCAAUUCUCCGCCGUCUCCGACAAGUUCGUCGACACCUCCUUCGCCGUCGACUCCACCUACCUCCUCUUCUCCGCCUACCUCGUCUUCUCCAUGCAGCUCGGCUUCGCCAUGCUCUGCGCCGGCUCCGUCCGCGCCAAGAACACCAUGAACAUCAUGCUCACCAACGUCCUCGACGCCGCCGCCGGCGGCCUCUUCUACUACCUCUUCGGCUUCGCCUUCGCCUUCGGCGGCCCCUCCAACGGCUUCAUCGGCAAACACUUCUUCGGCCUCAAGGACGUCCCCACGGCGGCGUUCGACUACAGCUACUUCCUCUACCAGUGGGCCUUCGCCAUCGCCGCCGCCGGAAUCACCAGCGGCUCCAUAGCCGAGCGAACCCAGUUCGUCGCCUACUUGAUCUACUCUUCUUUCCUCACCGGGUUCGUCUACCCGGUGGUUUCCCACUGGUUCUGGUCCCCCGACGGGUGGGCCAGCGCCACCAACACCGGGAACCUCUUAUUCGGAUCCGGAGUCAUCGACUUUGCCGGGUCGGGCGUGGUCCACAUGGUUGGCGGCAUUGCGGGCUUAUACGGUGCAUUAAUCGAAGGCCCGAGAAUCGGCCGGUUCGACCAUUCGGGCCGGGCCAUAACCCUACGCGGCCACAGCGCCUCCCUCGUGGUGCUGGGCACUUUCCUUCUAUGGUUCGGGUGGUACGGGUUCAAUCCCGGGUCGUUCACCAAGAUUCUCAGCCCGUACGUUAGCGGCAGCUACUACGGGCAGUGGUCGGCGGUCGGCCGGACGGCGGUAACCACCACCCUGGCCGGCUGCACCGCCGCGCUUACUACCCUGUUCGGAAAAAGAAUUCUUUCCGGGCACUGGAACGUGACGGAUGUCUGCAACGGGCUGCUGGGCGGCUUCGCCGCCAUCACCGCCGGCUGCUCGGUGGUGGAGCCGUGGGCGGCGGUGGUGUGCGGGUUCGUGGCGGCGCUGGUGCUGAUCGGGUGCAACAGGGUGGCGGAGAGGGUGAAGUUCGACGACCCACUGGAGGCCGCCCAGCUUCACGGCGGGUGCGGCGCGUGGGGGGUGGUGUUCACGGCGCUGUUCGCCACCGAAAAGUACGUGAACGAGGUGUACCCGGGGAAACCGGGCCGCCCGUACGGGCUUUUCAUGGGCGGCGGAGGGAGGCUCCUGGCGGCCCAUUUGAUCCAGAUUCUGGUAAUAAUCGGGUGGGUCAGCGUUACCAUGGGCCCCCUGUUCUUCGGGUUGCAUAAGAUGAAUCUUCUUCGGAUCUCCGAAGAUGAUGAGCUGGCGGGUAUGGAUAUGACCCGGCACGGCGGGUUUGCUUACGUGUACGAGGAUGAAGCCCAUAAGCAUAAUGGUAUUCAAAUGAGGAGAGUAGAGCCUAAUCCAAACACUACUCCUAGUUAAAGAAAUAUUUCUAUUUUACUAUUUAUUUUUUAUUAUUAAAUAUUAUUAUUAUUUUUAUGAUGAAUUUUCUACUAUUUGGAAUAGUUUGUGUAUGAUUAGGCUGUUUUGGAAUGAUAAUGUUAUUGGUGAUUGGUAUUUUGAUUGGGUGGUUGUGAUUGAAGAUAAUGUGAACUAGUGCAUCCAUUUCUUUAUUUUUUUUUAUUUUUUUUUGUCUUUUGACCUAAGUGUGAAAAAAAUUCCACAAUUUUUGUUGAAUAGUCCAAAAAUUCCAU